CCACAGUUUCUUCAACAAGUAAAGAGACCACGUUUUGGCUUGCAGGUAGAGGUAGAACCAGUUUGGUUCUUGGUUGGCUGCAUUUUCACUUCAAAAUGACUCUUGUUUUCUCCUUCACAACUCUGUUUCCCCUGUUUUCUCUUCUCUCUUCUGUUCUGCUUCACACUGGUGUGGAUGCCUUCCCACUCCAUCACAACCAUCGCCACCCUCACUUUGCCACUCACAACUACAGAGAUGCUCUCACCAAAUCUAUUCUCUACUUUGAAGGCCAGAGGUCAGGGAAGCUCCCUCCAAAUCAGAGAAUGUCUUGGAGAAGGGACUCUGGCCUCUCUGAUGGCUCUGCCAUGCAUGUUGACUUGGUUGGAGGGUACUAUGAUGCAGGGGACAAUGUCAAGUUUGGUUUUCCCAUGGCUUUUACCACCACCAUGCUUUCAUGGAGUGUUAUUGAGUUUGGUGGGUUGAUGAAAGGUGAGUUGCAGACUGCAAGAGAAGCCAUUCGCUGGUCUACUGAUUAUCUUCUCAAAGCUACUGUACAUCCAGACACCAUUUAUGUUCAGGUAGGAGAUGCAAAGAAGGAUCAUGCUUGCUGGGAGAGACCAGAAGACAUGGACACUCCAAGAAGUGUCUUCAAGGUAGAUGCAAAUGCACCUGGUUCAGAAGUUGCAGCAGAAACUGCUGCAGCUCUUGCAUCUGCUUCCAUUGUCUUCAGAAGAUGUGAUCCUUCAUACUCCAACACUUUGAUCAGGAGGGCUAUCAGGGUGUUCCAGUUUGCUGAUAAACACAGGGGAUCCUACAGCAAUGCCUUGAAGCCCAUUGUGUGCCCCUUUUAUUGCUCUUACUCUGGAUAUGAGGAUGAGCUAUUGUGGGGUGCUGCUUGGCUGCACAAAGCUACCAAGAAUCCAAUGUACCUAAAUUACAUUCAAGUUAAUGGCCAAAUUCUUGGUGCUGCUGAGUUUGACAACACUUUUGGGUGGGACAACAAGCAUGUUGGAGCAAGGAUACUUCUUUCCAAGGAAUUUCUUGUUCAGAAGGUACAGUCCCUCCAUGAUUACAAGGGUCAUGCAGAUAAUUUCGUUUGCUCUCUGAUUCCAGGAGCUUCUUCUGCCCAAUACACCCCAGGGGGUCUUUUGUUCAAGAUGAGUGAUAGCAACAUGCAGUAUGUUACAUCCACCACGUUCCUACUGUUAACAUAUGCCAAAUACUUGACCUCAUCCCACACUGUUGUGAACUGUGGUGGCAUCACAGUAACCCCAAAGAAGCUCAGGACAAUAGCCAAGAAACAGGUGGAUUAUUUGCUAGGAGAUAACCCUUUGAAGAUGUCCUACAUGGUGGGGUAUGGUCCAAGGUUCCCACAGAGGAUCCACCACAGGGGCUCAUCUCUGCCGUCCGUUGCUAUGCACCCAGGGAAGAUCCAAUGCUCAGCAGGGUUCAGUGUGAUGGAUUCACAAUCCCCUAACCCGAAUGUUCUAGUGGGUGCGGUUGUUGGUGGGCCUGAUCAGAAUGAUAGGUUCCCAGAUGAACGGUCAGAUUAUGAGCAAUCAGAGCCUGCUACUUACACCAAUGCACCCCUUGUGGGAGCACUGGCUUAUCUUGCACACUCAUUUGGUCAACUCUAGAAGUCUAUUACUACUAGAAUGCAGCAUCAUCUCCAACUUGUUUGGUGUAUCUGAUUCUCUGAUGAUGUUUUAAUUGUACCUACCUAGUUUAACUUAUUGGCUUUAACUGUGUAUGAUUUGGGAAAGUAAUGUUUAUGACUAU